UUAUUUUUAAUUUAAUAGAUUUAUUGAUAUACCGGUCGUUCCAACAAAUCCCAAGCAUUUACUCUAUGAUGGCUUAGAAAAAGUUAUUUGUAAUGUGAAGUCGAAUCGUGACGCCUGGCCUUUCUUAGAACCGGUCGACGGAACAAAGUUUCCGAUGUAUUAUCAAGUGAUCGAAGAACCCAUUGAUUUGUCUGCCAUUGAGAAGCGAAUUGAGGACAGAGAGUACGAGACUUUCGAAGAAGUGGAAAACGAUUUCAAACUUAUGGUUAACAAUUGCGAGACAUUCAAUGGACCCAAAAAUGGUUACACACUAAUGGCUUAUGGCGUUUGGCGUGCAUUCAAAAAGGCUUCACUUAAGCAUUUGGAACGAGAG